UCAACUGGCCAUCGACAACUGUCGGCAUGUGCUGAUCUGCAUGAUCGCACCUUCACCUCGACAUUGACUAAACCCAUAACCUCAAUGGACACACACAAAUAGAUUGCUGCUCGCCAUGCACCGGCCCUCCGUGCCCCCGCUUUCACAUCCAUGCCCAGACUCUACUCCACCGCCAACGAGGAGUUAGAUCUGCUUGUCAUCGGAGGUGGUCCCGGUGGUUAUGUCGCUGCCAUCAAGGCUGCUCAGCUCGGUCUCAAGACUGCUUGUGUCGAGAGGCGCGGUGCUCUUGGCGGUACCUGCUUGAACGUCGGAUGCAUUCCCUCAAAGGCCAUGCUGAACAACUCGCACAUCUACCACCAGACCCAGCACGAUCUCAAGUCUCGUGGCAUUGAUGUCGGCAGCGUUGCCCUGAACCUUCCCGUCAUGUUGAAGGCCAAGACAACCGCCGUUACUGGAUUGACCAAGGGUAUCGAGGGAUUGUUCAAGAAAAACAAGGUUGCCUACCACAAGGGUACCGGAAAGUUCUUGAGCACCAACGAGGUCGAGGUCACUGGCCUCGAUGGUAAAGUCAGCACUUUGAAGGCCAAGAACAUCUUGAUUGCCACUGGAUCGGUUCCCUCUGGCUUUCCCGGGAUUGAGAUUGAUGAGAAGCAGAUUGUUACGUCCACUGGCGCUUUGGACCUCCAGGAGGUUCCCAAGAAGUUGGUCGUCAUCGGUGCAGGUGUCAUUGGUCUCGAAUUGGGAUCUGUUUGGCAGCGUCUUGGUGCUGAGGUUACUGUCGUCGAAUACCUCGGUGCCAUCGGAGCCGGCAUGGAUAGCGACAUGGCUAAGGCCUUCCACCGCACUCUUUCCAAGCAGGGAUUCAAGUUCAAGCUGAGCACCAAGGUGACCGGCACUGAGAAGCUUGCUGACGGACGCGUUGGUGUCAAGGUCGAGGCGGCCCAGGGUGGCAACGGCGAGACUUUGGAGGCCGACGUUGUCCUGGUCUCAAUUGGCCGUAAGCCCUACACUGAGGGACUCGGUCUCGAAAACGUUGGCAUCCAGGUCGAUGAGCGCGGUCGUGUCCCCAUCGACUCUGAGUUCCGCACCUCUGUCCCCAACAUUCGCUGCAUUGGAGAUGUCACCUACGGAGCCAUGUUGGCCCACAAGGCUGAGGAAGAGGGUAUCGCUGCUGUCGAAUACAUCAACGGUGGCCACGGUCACGUCAACUAUGAUGUGAUCCCCUCUGUCAUCUACACCCACCCCGAGGUUGCCUGGUGCGGUAAGUCUGAGGAUGAGGUCAAGAAGUCGGGCGUCGCUUACAAAAUCGGCACUUUCCCCUUUGCCGCCAACUCUCGUGCACGUACCAACGCUGAUGCCGAAGGUAUGGUCAAGAUGAUCACUGACAAGGAGACGGACCGCAUCCUCGGAAUCCACAUCAUGGGCCCUAACGCCGGAGAGAUGAUUGCUGAGGGAGUUUUGGCCAUGGAGUACGGUGCCUCAUCUGAGGACAUUGCCCGUACCUGCCACGCCCACCCAACCUUGUCCGAGGCCUUCAAGGAGGCUGCUAUGGCCGCCCAUGACAAGCCCAUUCACUUUUAAGUUGGAUGCUCCCCUGUCUUUUCUUCCCGUCGUUAAGUAUUUUUUCCUGCGCUCGCCCUCCUCCUCUCUUCAAUCUGCACCAAGACAACUGGUCCAUCAUCAUAUCGUACAAUUGCCCGCAUAGAUCAAUAAAAAAAGAACACAACUCUAUUUUCCUAUA